CCAGAAAAAAAAAAAAUAAAAUAAAAACGAACGAACAAACAGAUGCCACUGCCACCUCCUACAUCCCACAUCCCACUCUCCGACCCCAAACUCUCUCUCCCUCUCUGCAAUUACAAAGCUUCAUCAUUUCUCACCUCCCACCGCAAAUUCAAAACCCUAAUCCCCAAAUCUCGUUCAGCUAUCAAUAACCAUGUGCUCCUCUUGUGCACCUCCUUCUUCCUCCAUUUUCCUUCCCACGUACACUUUCUUACUUAUACGACGCCGUACUCUCUCCCCGACCUUAAUUCUCUUGAAACCCAAAUCCGCAAGGCCCAGACUGCGCCUCUCUGCUUCGCUCGCCCAGCGAAACCUCGACAUUUCAUGGUUCCCAUUGGACCAAUCCGACGACGGCGACUAUGGCGGUUGGGAAAUUGUCGAUUCUCCGCUUCCCCGCAGAAGUCCAGGGUUACCUAAAAUUGUGAUUGUGGGUAUUGGGGCUUCACUGGCGGUAAUAGUUGCCGCCAUUGCUCACUUUUCGCGGUCGAAAAGAGGUUUUAAGUUUCAAAUUACGAGUCCAUUGCAUUCUGUUCACGGGAUAUUGAGUCGGGGAUCUGAUACUGAAUCUGCUAACCAAGGAGCAUUGGAUGAGGAUGCCGCGGUCACUGAGGCAAGUCCAGGGACUACCUGUUCUUGAUAGCGACAAUGUUACUUCAGCAUAUGUGGAGAAGCUUGAACGCAUUAUAAUUCCUGUUGCCGUGGAUUCUACUCAACAGGAAGCUCUAGCAGUUUUGAAGAAACUGAAGAUCAUUGAAGAUGAUGUCAAGGCUGAUGAGUUGUGUACUAGAAGGGAAUAUGCAAGAUGGCUAGUUCAAUUAAACUCAUCAUUGGAAAGGAAUGCAAAGCACCGGCUUGUCCCAUCAAUUUCACUUGCUAGAUCCAUAAUUUCUGCAUUUGAAGAUGUGUGUGUCAAAGACCCAGAUUUUGGGUCCAUUCAAGCUCUUGCGGAGGCUGGUGUCAUUCCUAGCAAGUUAUCACAGAAGAGCUCCAGUUAUGACGGUCUAAAUAGCUAUGGAAAUAUCAAUUUUUCACCUGAGAGGUUUAUCUCUCGACAAGAUCUAAUUGAUUGGAAAGCCCAUUUAGAGUAUGACUUUUUGCCAGGAGUGAUAGAGAAGAUAUCAACCACAACAACAGUAGGUUUUAUGGAUGUGAAAGGGAUAAGUUCAGAUGCACCAGCAGGACUAUAUAUUGACAUGCUGACAGAGGAAAGUAGCAUACUCAGAAAAGUUUUUGGACAGUGCAAGCGGCUUCAGCCAAACCAACCUUCAACAAAAGCACAAGCAGUAGUGGCGUUGACAAGUGGCAGGAUUGCGGAAUCAGUUUCUUAUGAAUUGUUAAGAAUAAAAGCUGAAAAUUAUGCAAGAAAGGCUGAGAUGGAAGUUAUCAGGUCAGAAUUGCUUGACAGGGAAGACAUACAAAAGUUUUGGGAUGAGAAAAUGAAUGCAGAGAAAGCACAUGGUCUUGAGGUGGAGAAUGCUUAUCUUGCUGCCCUUCAGGAUUUGGAACAGGAGAAGAUUUUCCAAGAAAAGAAUUUUGCUGAGAUGUUAAAGGAGAAGGCAGCUAUGGACGCUCAGAGGCAUUCACUUCUCAGUCUCAAGGAAGAGGUCAAUGAGAUGUCAGAAAAGCUUGCGUCUGAGAGGUCUACUUAUGUUGCUGAGAGGUGUGAUUUGCAGGAUACACUCAACGAUUUAGAGACGAAGCAGGAAAGUGUGCUUGAUACGAAAUCUAUACUUGAAGCUGAGAUAGAAGCUAUUCGGAUUCUUAGAUCUUGGGUAGAGGAUGAAGCAAGAAAAAGCCAAGCUCGUGCCAAGGUGCUCGAGGAGGUAGGACAAAGGUGGAAAUGGAAUAACCAGGCUCCUUGACGUGAUGCAGAGAUUUUUAACCCUUGUUUUUUUAAGGUCACGAGUCGAGCGAUGCACAAGGAAGUUCUGAUUGUUAUUCUGUGUAGGCUUGUACAAUUUCGAAUGCAGAAUGCCAUUGGCAUGAGCAAUGUUAAAGAUUUGUGCAUAAAGUAUAGCGUUUUAUGUAUCGACAAAAAGUUAGCAAUCGAAGAGAUUGAGGAUUGAGUCUUUUCUUUCACGGAAUAUGUAAUGCAAAUGUGAUAUGGAAGUUCUUGAAGUGAUGUUUCAUGUAA